CAUAUGUAUAAGGUCAAUAAGAUUCACGUUCUUACGAGAUAGAUGAAGAUAAAUAGAGUUCUCUGUCUUUGUCUAAGGCAUUCACAUCAUGCCACGUAUGUGUAGCCAAGGUUUUAUGUUUUCUAUGUUGAUUUUUCACAACUGGACAGGACUUCAAUUAGGCUUCGGUAUAUGAAUGGCGAGACUUAUUUAUAUGAUCGUGGUCACGACCAGUAAAUUAGCUACUCAUUUCUAUCACGACUCAAUUUUCGGAUGAUUUCCCCUAGAGAGUGUCGAGAACAGUUUAUAGUCUAUAUGAUUGUAGUCUGUCUCGCAGAGUGUAGUCUGAGAACAGACCUUUCCAUGCUCUCCAUCUUGAUGUUUUUCGACUCGAAAGCUGGACGGUUUUCCCUAACGAAUGUCCAGACCUGUUUAUAUGAUCAUAGUGAAUAGUGAUUGAAUAGUAGUUAAAUAUUUCACGACGUUAGAUUCAUGAAGUCUUCAUAUGUUUACAAUAAACAGAAAAUUUAUAUAUGUAUUAUCGGAAGCAUAUUCAAGAUAUAUAAUAAUAUAUAACAUAACAAGUGUGUAUCCUGAAUAUAACUACAUAUAAUUUGUUGACAACAAAAGAAAGUUUUACAAGAUAAGUGAAAGUUGAUCAAAGUGAAUUCUUGGAUAUUAUGGCAGAUCUGACAUUUUAAAGGACGUUUGUUUUCUUGUUGUGAAUAUAAUUAUUAUUUCAUAAUAUUGUUGUGAAUAUAUUCAUUAAUAUUGUCACAAUGAAUCUUGGAGUUAAUUGGGAGGAAGAGCAUAGACGGACAUUAUUAGAAGGAAAUGCAAUACUGGAUCGCUCAUCACAAUCUAUUGCUAGAUCUCAAGCAGUUGCUGUUGAGAGUGAACAAAUAGGAACAGAAGUAAUUUCUGAACUGAAUGAACAAAGGGAACGAUUAUUGAGAGCAGAUAGAAGAUUAUCCCAAACAGAUGAAGAAUUAGAUAAGACAAGAAGGAUAUUAAAUGUUAUGCGAAGAAGAAUUUUAAUGAAUAAGUUUAUAUUAGUUUUAAUUAUAUUACUGGAAAUAGCUAUACUUGGUGCUAUUAUAUAUAAGAAAUUUAUAUAAGAAAUAUAGAUUGUAAAUAUUAUCAAUGUUGUAUAUAAACAUAUAUAUACAUAUAAUUAAUUUAUAUGUAUAUACGCACAAGCAUUCAGUGCAUUUUUAUUCAUGUCCUGUGUAAUAUAUAUUAUGCAAUAUAAUAUAUGUGCACAUUUUAUUUAAUGUUACAUUGUAAUUAAUACGUUCCAAUGAAUUAUAUGUAAAACAAUAAAUAUGUUACAAUUU